GAAACCGGUACAGAGUGAAGUGUCAUGGUUUCUUUUCUUUUCCUUUUUAGUUCAGAGUGAAGGACAUCAUUGUGAACCCCCAGGAUGGAGGAAAGUUCCAUGACAUCGCCCUGCUGAGGCUGGCCUCCUUGGUCACCUACAGCAAGUACAUCCAGCCCGUCUGUGUCCUGUCUUCUACCUUCAUGUUCCUGCACUGGUCCGACUGCUGGGUGACUGGUUGGGGAGUCAUCCAUGAGAAUAUGGUACCUCUGCCACCCCCCUACCGCCUCCGGGAAGUGCAGGUCACCAUCCUCAACAACAGCAGGUGCAGGGAGCUGUUCGAGUUGCCCUUUCAGCGCAGCUCCAUCAGUUUCGACAUGCUUUGUGCUGGUGCUGAGAAUGGCAGCAGGGAUACCUGCCACGUGAGUGCCCACCCCAUGAGGAAAUCAUACCCACCCUGCCCCAGGCCUGAGAGCAGGCUCCGAGCCCCCACCAGCCCACACCUGGAGUAAAGCAACGGCAGUCCUUAUUCACCAGCCUACAAAACAUACUGCUCAUUCUCCACUGGUGGUGCCUCCUCCCACACCCAGUCAGCCCCUGGUGGGGGCUUCACUUCAUAGAUGCAGACACUGAGGCUCUGUCUCUGCUGGGGAGCAGGGAAUAGGAUUCACACCUCUCUUGCCAGCUGCACAGCCACCCUGCUCCCCCAGCCUCUCUACAGGCUCCACUCACCUGCCCUGGCUGGCUCACCCAGG